GUACGGUAUCUGAUAAAAUGCUGCAAAAAAAUGUAAUCCAAGUUAGAAACUAGUGUGGAAAGUUAUGGAGAUCACAGUUACUAACGUCUGUCAAGUCCAAGCAAGUUGAAGGAAAACAACGACAUAUUAUGGAAAGGAAGACCCAAUGUAUAGUUACCCACUACCAAAAGAUGAUUCUCAGAAAGUUUCUUGUCAUGGCGAUAACAUUGACCAUGGAAGUCAGAUAGUGAGUCAGCAACAAAAUGAAACAAAAAAAAUUGAAAGUUAUGAAACUGACUAUGACAGAAUUAAACAAACACUAAACUGUAUCAAAAUGCUGUACCAUAGUUCUGGCGGUAAUAGUUUAAGUAAGAUGAUAAAGAAAGCCCCAAAUGCAAAAUCAAGAAAGAGUUCAAACAGAAAUAAAAGACCAAAUGAUCCUUCAGAGGAUAAGCAGCCUCACUUAAAAAGUGCAUCUGAAGGACUGAUUGCAGAAGAAUUGGACACCCAUAAAGAAGGAAGACAAUAUCAAGAGACUAAUGAUAAACAGAUACCUGUAGCUUUAAGCAAGUCUGAAGAAAUUGGCAGUGAGUCAAAAAUGUUCAAUAAUGCAGAAUGCAAUACUGAUGCCCCAUUAGAAGUAACUCAUAUCCAAAAAAGAAAGGACAUCAAAAGCGUAUACCACGAUCUGCAACCAAAUCCAGAAAAAGAAAGCACAAAUGAUCCCAUGAAUGACAUUCAGGCAGAAACACAGAAAAGUGGUCAUGCAAUUGAAAAGAAUUACUUAAUGACAAAGUCAGAAGUGGCACCUAUGGACACUACUGACUCAUACAAAGAAGAAAGGCAAGUUCAUAAAAAUAAAAAUAGAAAAACUUCUAAAACUUUCACGAUGACAUCUGAAAAUAGUUCUGAGCCUAUUACAGAACUGACAAAAAUUCCAAAUUUAGCUCAGUCUGAAGCUUCAUCAGAAAGACUUGAGCUUCAUGGGCCAAAAAAUAAUAAAUUUUCAAACAAUCUUUCACAACUUUAUGCAGAGAAAAGAAUUACAUCUGAUACACUUACCAGUUUAUUAGCGGACAUACACAACAAUGUGCAUGAGGAUUCUAAACUUAAUGUUUCAAUAGAAGAAAGUCGCAGGAAAUUUCGAUCAAGAAAGAUCAGAGAUCGUCACCAAAUGAGAUAUGAAAAUGUUGAGAGAUAUAUAGCGUCUAUGGUGUCAGAAGAAAAUACUCCAGAACGAGAAACAGAUGACAUUCUCCUUAACAAGCAGAGUUUGCCAGAAGAGGCUUAUGAUAGAGGUGAGGAAGAAUCAAGCAAUUUUUUAGAAAACAAUGUUUUUGAUAAUCCACAUGAUUUUGUAUGUGGCCCAGAUUAUCCUAGAAAUCUUGAAGAACAGUAUUUAAGUAAAAAAAGUAGAAAGCAGAAAAUGACAAAAUCUCACAAUGCUCAUUCCGUUGGUUCUGCUGACACAUUGCAAACUGCCACGCCGAAGAAAAAGAAUAAACAUAAAAAGAAUGAGAAAAAAAGAAACAAUGCAGGACAUUGCACUUUACCUGUGAAGCAAAAAGGCAAGAUAAAUGAAGAUGUUUUAUCAGUCACAACAAAACCUAAAAAGAAAAAAGUUAAUAAAUUGAAAAUCACAGAUUCAAGAAAUACCAUAGGUUUUAAACCAGAAUCCGGGGGAGACAGAGACAGAUUUAGUCCUACAGAGUCUUUCUCAACAACACAAGUACCAUGCAAGUUAUGGCCAACAGACAAUGUAGUUGAGCUGUACCAUAAUGCAGCAGCUAAGCCCGGAGCAACCAAAUCAAAUGUGGGUGGCCAUCAGAAACCAGAAAGAGAUAUUAAAAUAGCUCUCCCAAAAAGACCUGCUAAGAUGAUGAAUCAAAAACUGGCAAAUCUUACUCAGAAAGUGAAGAAAUUAAAUGAAUAUGUCAUUAAUGAGGACAAAUUGCAAGAGGAGAUGGAAAACAUAGAACUUCUGGGUAGCAUCAAAAGUGACAGGACCCAUACACAAGAUGGUACAGAAGAAAAUCAGCCAAAUGCACCCACAGAUAAUAGUCUUUCCUUGCACGACUUCUCAGAAUCUCCUGGAGAAAUGAUGACCGUUGAGGUCAUAAAACAGAAGAUUCCAGCUUCAAAGCCAUUUAAAAAAGUUCUGAAGAGCUCCAAAAAUUAUGAGAUUCAAAGACGAAAAACAAGAACAACGCCAAAUGUACAACAUCAAGACGCCAGUCCUGUGCCUCCAAAAGAUAUGAGUCUUAUCACUAGCAAGAAGAAAAAUUUUCAGUUGCCGACAUUAUCAUCACAGUCAAAACAUAUCUGUUCAGGUUCAUUACAGAAAUUUGACUUUCAUACAAUACCUUUUGUUGUUGGAACAUCAAUAACACCAAGCCAUAAUCUGGGCCUAAAUAUACAGCAGACGCUCUCAAUCAUGAAACUUCACCGUCCAUCAUCAGGACAGUCACCAAUGGAGUUAGCAAAUGUAUUCCUGCGUGAAAAGCAGCAUACCUUAGCAGGUGAUCAUCUUCGUCCAGUUUUAUCAUUGCAUUCAAAACUCACUGCCUGUUCAGAGUGGCAGUCCUGUUGCCCUGCUUUAAUGAGAUGUUCUGACACAUCAGAUGAACCAACUAAAGAGAAGGCCCAAGCAGACUGUCAAGAUUCACUUCCUCCUAAUGAGAAAUGCCUAGAAACAGGAAAACAGCCAGAAAACCCAUGGUCAUUGGAUGAAAACUCUAAUAAAUCUCAUGCACAUUGUACUUGUUAUCCUUCACCACCUUGUACAGACUUUCAGUCUCUUCUCUCUGCUUAUCUUGAAGGAGGAAGUAAGUGCAGUAUUUCAGAAAAGUCAAGGGUACCUUACAGUGGACUUAAAUUACAGAAUUUUAGAUUAAGAAAUCAUCCAAAUUUUCCAAAGAUUCCUCGGAUGAAUAGUGUCUUAAAUAACAUUGGUCAGUUGUGCAAUGGCAGAGAAGAUGUGGAUGCUAUACCAACAAAGGAAAACGGUAUUGUUCAUGCUGCCGAAACACUGGCGAGCAGCAAACAAGAGAGAACAGACCAUGCCUAUUUGAGACAUCUCACAGACCAGAACAAGAGCCUUAAGGAUGUCUUACUUAAUCUUCAUUCUGAUUUUGUGCGCCUUAAUAAUAAAUAUGAAGAACUGAAGAUAACAUCAAAAAAUGAUCAAGGAAAAAAUACUGAAGUCCUGAAAGAAUUGCAAGAGGUAGAAGCAGAAUUAGAAGCCAAAGAAGAUGAAAUCACAGUCCUGAUGAAUCUUUAUGAAGAGGUGACAGUACUGAAACGACAGACAAAGGCUCUCAUGCAACGUGUAAGUAACCCCAGCUUAGCAACUGCAGGCAAGGAAGGUCGACGAACUGGGCCACGUGAAACAUCUGUUGCAUUCCUACUAACUAGACUUUUGCGCAGCAUUCAACGAAUUCAAGAUAAAUUGCGUGAAGACUGAGGCUCGUGUAAUGGGUGGAGUACAGUCUGACAGCAAUACAUUAGAUUUGCUGCAUUUGUAAACAUAUAACGUCUCAAGUCAAUUGAAUAUGACUGUUAUAUUGAAGUCUUGGGUUUUCUCUUGUAAUUACUGACAGUGUUACUUAGCAUAAAACUAUGACACUUUGUCAUUAUGGAAUGAAAAAUCAAAUAAAAUUAAACCAUAAUUUCCA